GAUUACUGCAGAGAGAGAGAGAGAGAGAGAGCGACAUUACAGAAAUUGCCUUUCUCUCAAAGAUCAAAGGAUCCCCUCCACACUCUGAGGUCUGAUCCCACCAAACCCUGUCAACCACCUUCUUAUCUGUCUGCUUUCCUACUCCUUUCAGCCAUGGCACCCACUCUGGCCACGGCAUUUGCCCGUCGCUGGUGGAUGGCAUUAACAGCCAUUAUUGAAAACUUGCUCUUCUCUGCUGUCCUACUGGGCUGGGGUUCAUUACUCAUCAUGCUAAAGUCUGAAGGCUUCUAUUCGUACCUCUGCACAGAGCCAGGCAAUAGCUUGACAGCAAACUUCUCCUUGCCAUCUGUGUCUUCAUCAUUGUCUGAUGAUGCAGAAUAUGAAUAUGAUGAGUUCCAGUCAGUCCAGCAUGAUGGAGGCAUGGAGGUGGUUCCUCUGAACCAUUCAGAAGACCACCAGAGGAUGAACGGUUGGCUGAUCUGUAAGGAGCAGGAUGAGAUGCUCAAUCUGGCCUUCACUGUGGGCUCCUUCCUGCUCAGCGCUAUCACGCUCCCUCUCGGAAUCGUCAUGGACAAAUACGGCCCACGCAAACUCCGUCUGCUUGGCAGUGCCUGUUUUUCCCUCUCGUGCCUCAUGAUCGCUUAUGGAGCCAGCAACCCAAAUGAUCUGUCUGUCCUGAUCUUCAUUGCGCUUACCUUUAAUGGCUUUGGAGGAAUGUGUAUGACCUUCACUUCACUUACGUUGCCCAACAUGUUUGGUGACCUUCGUUCCACCUUCAUCGCACUUAUGAUUGGCUCAUAUGCCUCCUCGGCUGUCACCUUUCCCGGGGUUAAGGUGAUCUAUGACCUUGGCAUUACCUUUAUCAUGAUUCUAGUGGUCUGGGCAGGCUGUGCAGGUCUCGUCUUCUUCAACUGCUUCUUCAACUGGCCCCUGGAGCCUUUCCCUGGACCUGAGGACAUGGAUUACUCUAUCAAGAUCAAAUUCAGCUGGCUGGGCUUUGACCACAAGAUCACUGGCAAGCAGUUUUAUAGGCAGGUGACAACAGUCGGCAAGCGUCUUAGUGUUGACAACACUCUGAAACAGAAAGAGCUCGCUGCCAAGGAGGGCCACAAACUCUGCCUAUCCACCAUGGAUCUGGAACUGCAGGGUGACUCCAAGGAGGAGUCGCAAUCGUUCAUGCAGAGUAUUUUAAGUCCGCUGUUCAUGUUGAGUCUGGUAACCAUGUGUGUGACUCAACUCCGUCUCAUCUUCUACAUGGGAGCCAUGAACAACAUCUUGGAGUCCCUUAGUGGAGGAGAUCUCAACACAGUGAGCCUCUACACGUCCAUUUUCGGCGUGAUGCAACUCUUGUGCCUGAUGACGACGCCGGUCAUCGGUCAGAUCAUGGAUUGGAAACUCAAGGAAUGUGAUGAUGGAGAAAUCAAUCAAAGAGAGGCCAUCAAGGAUGAGCCCCAACCCAAACGCAGAGACAGACAGAUUCAGAAAGUGACCAAUGCCACACGAGCCUUCAUCUUCACGAACAUCCUCCUCGUCGGCUUUGGUAUCACCUGCCUGAUUCCUAACCUCCCUCUUCAGAUGCUCUCGUUUGUUCUUCACACCAUCGUCAGAGGUUUCAUACACUCAGCCAUUGGUGGACUUUAUGCUGCUGUGUACCCAUCCACUCAGUUUGGCAGUUUGACUGGAAUGCAGUCUCUGGUUAGCGCUUUAUUUGCACUGCUGCAGCAGCCUUUGUUCAUGGCUAUGAUGGGACCACUAAAUGGAGACCCACUCUGGGUGAAUGUCGGUCUGCUGGUACUUACUUUGCUGGGAUUCCUGUUACCUCUCUACCUGCUGUACUUCAGAAAAACUCUGCACAAAAAGAGGAAGGAGAGAGAAAAUAUGGCUAAAAUCUACCUAAAAAUCAAUGGCAGUGAAGUACCAGAGGCAUUUGUGUAAAGAAAGCAGAUAAAGGGAAAAACAAAAGCAUGAGACUUAAAGACAAGCAAAGACAGAAAAUAUAAUGGCCACACACAGAAGUAGUGACAAUUGCACGCUGUUUGCCUCUCUUUUCCAGAGGCUUAUUCAACCAAUAUCUGAGUAACUUAAUAGAUGAAAAGAGGGAUGAAGCAACAUGGGAAAUGAUAUGUGACAUGUUCAUGUGACAAAGUUUUAACCCUAUCGUAAUCUAAAGACAAGGCCUAUGUGCUUUAGAAAGAUAUUUCCAUUUAUUGCAUAUUGGAACAUUGAAUUUUUCUUUGCUAUCAUAAGAUUUGAAUACACCGUUAUGUACUAUGCAAACUGAGAAGGGCUGAAGAAGCAAGUCUGACCACACAGACUGUCUUUCACAGGAACACCUCUAAAAAACCCUCAUUCAUUCUACCAACCUCCAUUAGGGAUUUCACUGUUGUAAAAUCAGUAUAGUCUUGUGUGUAAAGCCCUAGUUUUGUGUAAACAAAAUACUCCAGCAGGUUAAAGGCCAAGAAAUGCUUCUAUAAGAGGCACACAGCUCAUUUUAAAAAAUAAGAAACAUAAUUACUUACCGUAUAGGUACAAUCUACAUGAUCUCAUGGGCCUAAAAGGCAACAACUUUUAAAUCUAAUAAUAGUAAAUCAUGAUAUAUGGUACCUCCAGGUGUAAUGAAAGGUAUCAUGUGCUUUUAGUUGUGCAACACCUUUACAUACACAAAAAUACAACUUGCAAGAUUCAUUCAUAAUGAUUCAGACAAGGUCAUUUUACAUAUUUCUAAUGAUAUACAUUUGUGACAAGGAAGCAUUAUAUAAUCUGAUUACUUUGUUCAUAGGUAGUUUAUGAAAGCCUCAAUUUAUGUAUUCCAGUUUGUAUAUAUAUUAUUGCAUGCACAUAAGAUGCACACAUAAAUAGGCUUGAAUGAACUGGUUAUGAUCUGUACUAAGUGACUGAUGACUCAAAGCUUUGAAAGAACCAAAUGUCAGGGGAACUACAGUACUUUGUCCCACACACAUGUCCCAUAAAACCCCUCAAGACUUGCAAUUCCAUUUUCUUUCUUUCUUUUAUUUUGUGCUUAUGUACUAAAAUAACAUUCUGUGAUACUUCAGAGUGUGUAAGCAGUCAUUUGGCAUUCAUAUGUCAGUGAUUGCAUGAUGAGGUUCCCAUGGACCUCUAAAGUGAAAUGUUUUUAGAAAGCACAACGUAACUCACAAAUGUGCCUUUUGUAAAUACCUUUUGUUCAGCUUACAGUGCAGUUAACAAUGUUGAUAGCUGAUGAGAGGAUUGGAACCACGGAUUCUAUGAAAAUGUUUUUGAUGUUUUGUUUAAUGUAUUUAUAUAUUUUGUGUCUCUAAAUCUAACAGACAACAUGGACAUUGCAACCUUAUUUGCAAAGGUUGCUUUAUUAACUUAAAUGUCUUUGUUGGAGUAGCUAUUUGUUUUAAGUUUUGAUUUCUUUAAAAAUCUACAUUUCUUGUUUAAUAUGGCAGUAUUAUUGAGGAUUUCAUAUAGUCAAUAAAAUAUUACU